AUGUACAUCAAGUCCCCCAUUCUUGCCUACCCUCGGCCUGGCAAGGGUGUGGCUGAUUUCGAACUUUUCACUGGCCAAAAUUUGGACAGGUUCAUUGAUCAAGCUACCAAAGAAUAUAUACGGUGUGGUUGUACACCAGAUCAAGACCAAGUGAUUGCUCUUGCAGGUCCAUCCGAUCUCGAUUAUGUGGUAUCAUUAUUUGCAUUGAGUAGAUUGGGAUAUACCGUUCUGCUCCUUUCACCAAGACUCGCAGCACCCGCGAUUACAAAUCUUUUUAAGAUGACAAAUUGUGAUACUAUCAUUUAUCCUAAUCUAUCUAUGCUCGUUUCAAACUUAUCCCAAGCCAAGAAAGACUAUCUUCCAAAGGAACUGAGAAUAAUCUCUAUGGCGACGCGUGAAAUAUACGACAGGCCUGAAGUACUAGGGGAGCCUCGUUUUAUCAGAAUGAUUGACAAACAUGAGGAAAGGAAGAAGGUAGCGAUAAUAUGUCACUCUUCAGGCUCAACGGGUCUCCCGAAACCAAUUUAUCAACCUCACAAUCGCUUCAUUGCUACUGUUUCUAACAGAGAAGGAACUUCUGAAUUCACAACAUUCCCUCUAUAUCAUAGUUGGGGUAACAAACACAUCACUAAUACGAUGUGGAUAGGAAAAACUAUGUAUUUGCAUAGUGCUACAGUGCCAAUGACAGCAGAUGGAAUGGUUGAAGUCUUGCAGAAGGUUAAGCCUUCUGUUUUGCAUGCUGUUCCAUAUGCUUUGAAGCUACUUGGGGAGACUCGGAAAGGAGUGGAAGAGAUGGCGAGUUGUUCUGAAGUUCUUUACUCGGGAAGUCAGUGUCCGGAUAGUCUUGGUGAUUAUCUUACAAGCAAAGGUGUGAUUCUGAACACAUUAUUUGGCGCGACAGAAUUUGGCUCUUUUGGUUCAAAUAGAGGGCGUGCGCCCGGUGAUCACAGUUGGAACUAUCUUCGCAUCUUGCCCUCAGUGAUUCCACACGUAUACAUGAAGCCAAUUGACAACAACACAUACGAAAGUGUCUUUCUAUCAUCUCUCUCACAACUAGUAACAUCAAAUUCGGAUGAUCCACCAGGUUCCUAUCAUUCUAAGGAUAUUUUCACACCCCAUCCUAAUAUCCCUAAUGCUUGGAAAUAUCUGGGCAGGAUUGAUGAUCGGAUUACAUUAAUCAAUGGAGAAAAAGUUCUUCCAACUCCGAUAGAAGGACGUAUUCGACAUGAAUUACUCGUUAGAGAAGCAGUGGUCUUUGGGAUCGAUAAAGCUUUACCAGGUCUUCUCGUCAUACGCUCAGAAGCCGCGCGAGAAAUGUCGGAUGAGGAAUUUAUUAAUGGCAUUUGGCCUGCAAUUGGAGAGGCAAAUGCAAACGCUGAGAGUUUAUCUCAAAUAAGUAGAGAAAUGACACUUACUCUCCCGGCUGGAAUAGAAUAUCCGGUGACCGACAAAGGGUCUGUCAUUCGCGCUCAGGUGUAUCGCCAAUUUGCCGAACACAUAAAAGAAGUCUAUCGACGAUUUGAAGAAGCCGGGACGGGAACCCUAGUACUCGAAGGAUCGGAAUUAGAACAAUAUAUUUUGAGAUUAUUUGUUAAUGAAUUAGGAAUCCAGCUCACAGGUCCAGAAGAUGACUUUUUCACUGCGGGUAUGGAUAGUCUCAAAGCUAUUCAAGCAAGAAGCUUGCUUUUGAAAAAACUUUCCAUGGGUGGUAAUGUGCGGAAUCUUAGUCAGAAUGUCGUGUUUGAAAGUUCCAGUGUUGCUGGAUUGGCGAAGAAAUUAUGUGCGAUUCAAAAGGGGGAAGAGGUGACAGAUACCGAAGAUGUAUUUGAGGCCAUGAGGACAUCAGUCGAGAAAUACUCAAAAUUUAAACCACAUACUCCAGGCACAAGUAGUGUUGAGAAGAAAGUUGUCGUUCUUACAGGAGCCACGGGCUCCCUAGGCGCCCAUAUUCUCGCUCAACUUUCGCUUGAUGACGAGGUCCACAAAGUAUAUUGUUUAGUGCGAGGCGAACAUCCAAAUGCGCGGAUCAAAGAAUCCUUGAUAAAAAGAGGCCUUGACGAAGUCUCCUCCGAUCCAAAAAUCACAGGAUUAACAAGCAAUCUCAGUGAUUCAACUCUCGGUCUCGAGAACUCAAUCCUCCAAGAACUCAAAACCAAAACCACCCACAUCAUCCACGCCGCCUGGGCCGUAAACUUUAAUGUCAGUUUCUCCGCCUUCGAAAACGAUCUCGCCGGUGUCCACAAUCUCAUCCAACUAUCCCUCUCCACUUCCUCUCUAACCCCCGCACGCUUUUUCUUCUGCUCUUCCAUCUCCGUAGCUUUGGGUACCGAUCCCCGAGCCACUAUCCCCGAAGCCCCUGUCAAAAUAUCCCAAUGUUCAUCCAGCGGCUACGCGCGCUCUAAAUGGGUCGCGGAACAAAUUGUGUCUGUCGCAUCUUCCCAAUAUGCCGCGCAUGCAUAUAUAUUGCGUAUUGGACAAAUAGCUGGAGAUACAAAAUUGGGUAUUUGGAAUGAGACGGAAGCUAUACCCUUGAUUAUUAGAUCUGCGCUUAUGCUUGGGAAACUCCCGAUGUUGGAUAUGCACUGCACCUGGCUCCCCCUCAACACUCUCACCAUCACCAUCCUCUCCCUGAUCUUUCUCCCCCGUCCUCCAGAACCAAUCUAUAAUCUCCUCUCCCCUCACACAUUUCACUGGACCCGCACUCUCCUCCCUCUCCUCAAAUCCCUCAAUCUGGAUUUCAUUCCUUGUCCUGUAGAAGAAUGGUUAGAUGAUUUGAAAGAGAGCGCGAGGAGUAGUGGGGGUAUGAGUGUGUAUGACAUCCCAUUGCCAUCCUCUUAA